CCUUGGGGCAGAUCAGCAGUCCCCACGGGGUAGGUGGUGCUGGGGACUCGCCCCGGCCGAGGACACGAGAGUGUGCGGCCGGCGCUCCCCGGAGAUCCCGUGUCCGGGCCGGAGGGCAGGGGCAGGCUGCUCCGGAAUGGGCGCUCCCCUGGGGCUUGUGACUUCUGGGUCUCCUGGGGGACCUGGGGUCCCAGGCUGGGCUGCGGAUGUGCCGUGUGCCCUCCUCCCUGCACACCCAGCACCCCUUCCCCCUCAACGCCCCUCAGGACCUUUGUUCUCUGAUCUAAGUGUGUGCCCGUUCCCCUGGGUCUGUCCUGUGCAGCCAGUGCAGCGGGGACAGGUCUGCAAGGCGACGUCCUGCUGCUAGGUGCCGGAGGAAGAGGCUGGGCCUGAGAAGGGCGGUGACUUGUCGGAGGUGGUGUGCUGUGCAGGUCCACUGUUAAGUCUCUACACUUUUCCAGGAGCGGCAGAAAAUGCAUGAGUCCCAGGGACCAGUGUCAUUCAAGGACGUGGCCGUGGACUUCACCCAGGAGGAGUGGCAGCAGCUGGACCCUGUCGAGAAGACAACCUACAGGGAUGUGAUGCUGGAGAACUACAGCCACCUCGUCUCCGUGGGGUACGACAGCACCAAACCCAAUGUGAUCGUCAAGUUGGAGCAGGGAGAAGAGCCGUGGGUGGCAGAAGGUGACUUUCCUUGCCAGAGCUGUCCAGAAUUGAAAGGCAGAGAUUUUGGAAGGAGCUACACUAAAGAAAUCUGGAAAGUUGAUGACAUGUUGGAUAGAAUCCAAGAAAAUGAAGAUGAACAUUCAAGGCUGCGAUCUGGAUUUGGCCUGCAGACCAUAGUUGCUGACCCCUGAUCUAAAGUGUAAAAAGAACACCUACACAUCAACAAAAAAUUAGAAAAUGGUUAAAAGACUUGGACAUCCACCUCACAAAAGAGGAUAUCCAGAUGGCCAACCAACAUGAAAAGGUAUGUUUGUUUUAUUAGUAAUCAGGCAAAUGCAAAUUUUGAAAGUACCCAUUGAAAUGGUUAGAAUUAAAAGCACGAGAAAGCAUCAAGUUUUGGCAAGAAUGUAAGCGACAGGAAGUCUAUGCUGCGGCUGGUGUGGCCAAUUGUCACUUCAAGCCGAACAUGUGUAUAUCCUUUUAACCCAAACCUAGCAGAAAUGCUCGUGUAUGUCCAUGAAAAGACAUAUACAGGAAUAUUUGUGUAAAUGCAAAACCCAGAGCUAUCUGAAGGCACAUGCAGCAGGGUGUAUGAACUUCAGUGGCAUAUUUCUCCCUAGAAUGCUGUGAAGCAAAAAGAAUGAACGGUAACAGCUCGAUUCACAAACAAGGUUGAAUGAUGGCAUCCAGACACAAAAGUGAACAUCAUGUAUGACUCAUCUAUAUACAGUAUAGGAACAGACAAAAGUGUGCAGUUAGGAGUCAGAGGAGCAGUUCAUCUGGGCAAAGGCUGAGAAGGGGGGGAAUCACUGGUACUGGUAACAUUCUGUUUGAAAUGUGGGUGCUGGAUAUCUGAGCAUUCUGUGCACUCAGAUAUGUGUGUUUUUCUGCAUGUGUGUUAUACUUCCAUAAAAAGUGUUUUUAAAAUCGCAGGUGUCUACUAUUCUUGUUGCACACACUCUUGCCUGCCAUCUUUUUCUAGAUGGGUCGGAAUAUGCUGCAGAACUGGAAUGAUGGUAGAGUUGGCAUGAUUCUGUGCAGGGAAUACUCUUUGUGGUGGUUUUAAUGGCAACUGCUAAGAUUUCCUACACUGUGACCAUAAGGCUUAAUUAUUAUAACGUAUACUUCAAGUAAAAGAUUUAAAAGGUGAUGGAGCCAUUACAUAUUUUGUCAUCCUACCCUUUGCAUA